GCGGUAAUUCACCAAAAGCUGCUGGUUCGCCAGCUGCCGAAGAAAACCUGAGCAGAGACCAUGUGGUGCAUGCUUCCUGAUACACGCGGAUCCUAAUGAAUGCGUAUAGAGCACGUUUAGCGGAUAUUAUGCGCGUGGAUGGAGCAGAUGAAAUGAGAGAAUAACCAAGAAGAUCGUGUUUACAGCUGCCACCCGUACAAAAUGAACCCAAGAGAAGAUGCUCCUGCAGACCGUGGCUUCUUCGUCGGGAUCAUAUUCUUCAUCCUUGGCCUGGGAACGCUGUUGCCAUGGAACUUCUUCAUGACGGCAUCUAUGUAUUUCAACAACAGACUCAACACGUCUGAAUGGAGUAAUGGAACAAUAACCACCAGGAAGGAGUAUUAUUUUGAUAACUGGAUGACUCUGCUGUCCCAGCUGCCUUUGCUGCUGUUCACUUUCCUCAACUCUUUUCUCUAUGAUUGGAUCUCAGAGAAGGUGAGGAUAGCAGGCAGUCUGGUCUUCAUCCUCAUCCUCUUCGUCCUCACUGCUGUUCUGGUGAAGAUCUCGAUGGAGGAGGACCGCUUCUUCUCCGUCACCAUGGCCACUGUCUGGUUCAUUAAUUCGUUCGGGGCCGUGUUACAGGGAAGUCUGUUUGGUUUGGUGGGAUUGUUGCCGCAGAGGUACAGUGCCAUCUUUAUGAGCGGACAGGGGCUCGGUGGGACAUUUGCAGCUCUUGCAAUGAUCUUCGCCAUCGCAAGUGAAGCUGAUAGUGAGUCUGCAGCUCUGGGUUAUUUCAUCACUCCGUGUGUCGGGACCCUAGUCACACUCUUCAGUUACAUGCUGCUCCCAAAACUGGAGUUUGCUAGGUUUUACCUGGACCGCAAAAGCAAGAGUUACGAGCUUGAGACGUCCAGCCGGCUGCUGCCUACAGGUGACUCUGUCCCUCCAGGUGAUGUUGAAGGCUGUGAGAAGACCAGUGAUCUGUCUGUUGGCUCUGUGGCGAACGGGAAUCCUAAUAAAGGUGAUAGCAGUGUGAUCGAAGAGGAGGGGGUCAGACAGGCCUUCAUCCCACUGCAGUCAGAAAACAAGUCAACACAGAAGAGCUCCAUCCUGGAAGUCUUCAAAAAGAUUUGGCUUAUGGCGUUUUGUGUGACGUUUGUAUUCACAGUUACACUGUCAGUUUUCCCUGCUGUUAUUGUGGAUGUGAAAACUGUGUAUGGAGGAAAAUGGGAACGAUACUUCAUUCCUAUUUUUUGUUUUCUCUUGUUUAACGUGAUGGACUUUACUGGCAGAACUGUCACGAUAUUAUUAAAGUGGCCGUCUAAAGACAGUCGCUUGUUCCCGCUGCUGGUGGUCUGUCGAGUGGUCUUCGUCCCGCUGCUCAUGAUGUGUAACGUACAGGAGAGACACUACAUGCCUGUGCUCUUCUCCAAUGACAUCGUGUUUGCUACCAUCAUGUUGUUUUUCUCCGUGUCCAGCGGAUACUUUGUGUGUCUGUCCAUGACCUACGCACCACAGCUUGUGGAGCCUAAAGAUGCCGAGACGGCCGGUGCGUUGAUGACGUUUUUUCUGGCUCUGGGUCUGUCGUUGGGAGCAGCGUUGUCGUUUCCUCUGCGUUUGCUGGCCUGACCUCAUCUUCUCACUCUCACUCCUGAAUCCUCGGCUCUCAGGCUCCUGCAGCGGCGCUCGGAGUCAGUCUCAUCUCUUACUGUUCACACACAUCAGACACAGUCAUGAAGGGAAGCAGCGACAUUACGCCAGUUUAUUUGGCAGCUAACAAACAUGAUGUACAGAAUCACCAUGCUGUCAUUAAGGGAGAAAUGAAUCAAACAAACUAUAAAGAAGCAUUUUUUGAUUAUUUAAACCUAGAUUUGUACUGUGUUUUACUCUUAGCAUUAAACAUAUAUACAGUAUACGUACACACACACACACACACACACACAUAUAUAUAUAUACCUAUAUAUAUAUAUAUAUAUAUAUAUAUAUGUGUGUGUGUAUAUUGAAUGUCAGGACACAGGGAACAACAUAAAGUUUUGAUAAAAUGAAAUGUCAAAAAGCAGGAAAAUAUUGCGUGUUUUUUUUUACUAAUUUCCGUGAACAGGAGAUUUUUACUGGGAAACCCUUGUAUUCAGGAAUUUAAGUUUUGAAGGGAACAUUAUUAUUUACAUUUCUUAUAAUUGUGGAAUAUAUAUUACACAUGUAAAAUGCAGUUAUAUACAUAUCAAAGUUUCUCUGAUUCUGUACUUUUCUAGGUCAACAAAAAAAAAGGGUACGACACCUACAGUAUGUACAAAAUGUCAGAUUUUCUUAGAAAAAUUAGUCGCUUCAGCGUUUCAAAUUAUGCUGAUAAUGGCAAAAAAAACACGGUGGACGGUGAUGCUCAUGACAUCAUCAGUGUUCAAAGAUUGAGGGGGUUAAAGAAAAUGCAUUUAUUAUUAGGGUCCCGCAGGCAGGACAAGAAAACAACAGAACAAUUUUUAAAAACAGAAAAUUAAAGCUCGACUGUGAGACCACAGUUUACAACCUGGGCUCCAGAGAAAACUUCUGUGAACCAAACCGCAAAACAAAACAAGAAAGUGUAUACUCUCAAUUUGACGUUCCUUCCAGUAUGUUCUGGAAAGGAAGGAUGGAAAUGAAAUCAAUCAUCACUUUCAUUCUGUAUAAAGAACUGAUUGGGGCGAUGCAAAGAUGUUCGCCAGAUAAUAUACCGGUAUAUCCAUUUUUUAUUUUUUUUUACUUUGUGUGUGUGUGUGUGUGUGUGUGAAAUUACUAUAAAAGCCUGUUUGUUGUCUUUAUAAAAUCAAAUUAUUAUUUGGGUGUCCUUGUGGUCAAUAUAUAUAUAUAUAUAUUUUUAAUUGAUAACAUUAAAAAGCUUCCUGAGGUACGUCUUUGUCCCUUACAGAGGUUUCUUUUCUGGCCUGUAUCACAGUCCAAUGUAAGCUCUUGUGAUGAUUGUCAUGAGCUCAUCUCAUGUGGAAACCUGCUUUAGACUGCUGUGACCUUUCAUUUCACUCAUGCAUAUGGAGUAUUAAGUUACAUAUUUGUGAUACGUCCUGUAUGCACAUGUCGGGAGUGUACAAAGUGCCAUAUGAAAUUGAGAGGUGAAUUUUUUUUAUAGGACCAAAAUGUUACAGAUCUUUUGAAAACGUUGAUUGUUUUGUAGUGCUUUCAGUGUUGAUUUAGAAUAAUGCUUUUAAUUAAAUAUGAAAUAAACACCUGUUCUAUACAGUAGAAU